UUGGCCACCGCUGGCUGCGGUCAAGGUCCGGAGCGCCCGGCUUCGAGCGGCUGCUCAGGGUCGCUCCGGGUUGUGCAGCCGCCCGCCCCGGGCGCAAAGUUCUAGUCCGGCCCUGGAAGGGAAGUUGGCGUGGCCGGGAUGCCUUCUAACUUUUUCCCCUGGUGGGGACUGACGUUCCUUUCGAGCUGCUGGCGGAACCGCCGGGCAGCGUCGCGCCCAGCGGUCACUCCCCAGCCCUGGCCCCCAAGCCGGGCCCGGCGCGCGCGGCAGGUUGGGGGGGCGAGUGCCGAGGCGAGCGGCGGUCUGGCGUCCCCUGUCCCUGCUCCCCUUCUUGGGUUGAGGAUUCGCUGGCGCAGCAAGCCGGCCGAUGCCCUGCGGGGAUGUAGCCAGGGCGUGUGAGGGAAACGCUGUGUCAUCCCCUGGGGCCGUCGUCCCUCCGAGGGGCUGUCGCCCAGGAACCCCCCCAGCCUCUCCCUCGCUGCUUCCUCUGCGGAGGGUCUCCCGCGCCUGGGCCCCUGCGUCGCCGGGCACUGGCUCUGGGCACACCCGCUCGGGCUCUUCGGGGCACGGCGACAGGGGUCCUUUCCCUCCGGGACCCCCGCUGGGGCGUCGCCGACUCGGCCCUGGACUGCGGAGGCAGGGGUGCAACGCGGAGCCCGGGCGCCUGGCUGGGCCCGGAGACCGGAGCCGGGGAGGGGCCGCUCCCGCGCCGCAGACCCUCGGGCUCCCGUGCCUCCUGCACCGAGGAGACGGAAUUUAUUGGGAAACGGGCAGAGAGACCGCUGAAGUGAACCGGGGCUUGCCGGGGGUGGGCGGCAGCCGAGGCGGCCAGAAAAGAACUUUGCAGGAAGAAAGGAAAUUGUACAAAGACAUCCUUCUAUGGCCGCUUCAGGCACUUUUUGGAUAUCAUCGACCCUCGCACACUCUUUGUCACUGAGAGACGUCUCAGAGAGGCUGUGCAGCUGCUGGAGGACUAUAAGCAUGGGACUCUGCGCCCGGGAGUCACCAAUGAACAGCUCUGGAGUGCACAGAAAAUCAAGCAGGCUAUUCUACACCCGGACACCAAUGAAAAGAUCUUCAUGCCCUUUAGAAUGUCAGGUUACAUUCCUUUUGGGACGCCAAUUGUAGUCGGUCUUCUCUUGCCCAACCAGACACUGGCAUCCACUGUCUUCUGGCAGUGGCUGAACCAGAGCCACAAUGCCUGUGUCAACUAUGCAAACCGCAAUGCGACCAAGCCUUCACCUGUAUCCAAGUUCAUCCAGGGCUACCUGGGAGCUGUCAUCAGUGCUGUCUCCAUUGCUGUGGGCCUUAAUGUCCUGGUUCAGAAAGCCAACAAGUUCACCCCAGCCACCCGCCUUCUCAUCCAGAGGUUUGUGCCGUUCCCUGCUGUAGCCAGUGCCAAUAUCUGCAACGUGGUCCUGAUGCGGUAUGGGGAGCUGGAGGAAGGGAUUGAUGUCCUGGACAGCGAUGGCAACCUCGUGGGCUCCUCCAAGAUCGCAGCCAGACACGCCCUGCUGGAGACGGCGCUGACGCGAGUGGUCCUGCCCAUGCCCAUCCUGGUGCUACCCCCGAUCGUCAUGUCCAUGCUGGAGAAGACGUCUCUCCUGCAGGCGCGCCCCCGGCUGCUCCUCCCUGUGCAAAGCCUCGUGUGCCUGGCAGCCUUCGGCCUGGCCCUGCCGCUGGCCAUCAGCCUCUUCCCACAGAUGUCAGAGAUUGAAACAUCCCAGUUAGAGCCGGAGAUAGCCCAGGCCACGAGCAGCCGGACAGUGGUGUACAACAAGGGGCUGUGAGUGUGGUCAGCGGCCUGGGGCUGGAGCACUGUGCAGCCGGGGAGCUGAGGGGCAGGGCUGUAGACUCACGGCUGCACCUGCAGGGAGCAGCACGCCGACCCCAGCAGUCCUGGGCCCCCUGGGAGAGUGCUUCACCUGCAGUGGAGGGAGACUGACCAUUCACAUUUUAACAUAGGGAGAGGAGUUCUAACACAUUUCCUACAAAAAAAUAAUCAAGUGCAUUUCUGGGCCUUAUGUGGGGUUGUCAGAACUCCACUCAGCACAAUUAUGUGUGAAGCUGAAAAAUCGUAGAGUGCCCAUAGGGUAGGAUUAGAAUCCUUUUAUACUUUGGUUUCUUUUUUAUUUUUAUUUUUUAUCAGAAUCAAAUCUGAGCCUUAGUUUCAGCUGACCAGAAGUGGCAGGAGGACAGGUGGGGGGAGCCAGAUUAGGCCUGGAGUUGGGUUGGUUUGGUGGCCAGGCUGGUAAAUUUAGGAUAUUACAAUGACCAGCCCAGAUGACUCCCUGGGCUGGCGAGGGGAGGGGAGAGAAGGUGGUCUGCACCCCACAGGAUGAACUAGCCAUGACUAGGGUCCUAAGGAAGUGGCCCAGGGAAUCAGGGAGCACUGGAGUCCUCUGCAAGAUUCUGUGGGCAGCUGGCUCUGAAUGUAGCCAGGCCACAUCCAUUCCAGAGCUGCAGAACCAGUCCCUCUGAGUGAAACCGGGUGACCCUGGAGCUAGAGUCCCCCUUUGUAGAGCUCUCACUGAUUCAGGGCCCCUGAAGCAACCCCAGCUCCAGGCAGGAAGCCCCAAGAAGGAAUGGUGCUUGGCAGGAACCGUGGACCUGCGCUUGGCUUCUUCAAGAUCCUCCUUCCAGGCCCCAGGCUGGAUGCUGGGCACCGGGGCUGAGAGUGGGGCUGGAACUGGACUGGCUGCCUUCUGGGGAGCUUCUUCAGCCACCAAGGCUGCCUGCCCCAUCCCAUCCCUUUCUAAGCAGGAAGGUCUCAUGCCUGAGAACGCCUAGGCCAGCUCCUUAGACACCUAUCGGCGAAGCAGCGUCAACCGAGGAGCAGUGGGCCCUGGCUCUGGCACUAAAUGGCAUUGAGAUGUUGGACAAGUUCAUUCCCUUCUCUGAGCCUCCACUCCCUGUCUGAAACCAGAAGACUGGAUCAAGGGGUUCCCACUGGCUCCUCCAGCAAGACCUCAUCUUUGCCUGUCCUGCUCAGAUGCUGGUCAUCGUGGGCAUGUCCCCAGUGUGGACUCUGGACUGGGAAGGGCGCAGGCCCCUUUGGACCAGCAGUUGGCCUCAGAACCUGGACCUUGCCUUCUGUAUGUGACCCCAUAUCCCGGGAGCAGUUGGCCUUUGCCAAACACUUUACAGUUCUGGAGGAGGAGGUAACAUAGAUGCCUGGGCCUGAUGGUGGGGCCAUACCUGCAUGUCACCUGUCACUCUGCAGCCUCAGAGGCCCCUUGCUGCUGGCUCCCAUCUCCCUGCCACUUGCAGACUAGGAAGGAAGAGCAAGCUGUACAGAGGGAAGCAGAGCCUGGGGAGGGUGUGAGCAGGGUGGCGCCUCAUCUGAAAGGCCCAAACCAGGGGGAAGCUCUAGCCUCAGUGCAGCCCCCUCCUGACCCCACCUAGUAUGCAAGCCUCCACCUGCAGCCCUGAGCCUCCCUCCCCCGGGGACUCCACCUCAGGGGAGAUUUAGGCCAGAGGUGAACAUUCAUGUGUAGGAAGAGGCUGGUGCAGGGCGGCAUCUUAGGGCAGCGGAAGUGUGCUGAGGCGGGUCUUCUGUGGGCAUGGCCAUUGCCUCUUUGCCAGCCCCUGGUGCCCACCAGCUGGCUCUGCAGCACAUUGCCCUGAGGGGCCUGCCACUCUCCUGAGGAGCAGCCCACCUGCUGCCUGUGAGGAGGGGGACAAACCUGGAGGACAAAACAGCGGGGGCGUGGAGGUGCCACGGUGUUGGAGGGCCAGGCCUUUUUGAGCCAGUCACACCAUAAUGUGAAUAUGCCAGUGACUGCUGCACUGUGCGGGUCUCUAGGCCUGGACUAGGGCUGGCAUGUCCGGGUCCUCUUUUGAAAAGCUCACUUCAGGCUCACCCUGCUCCUACCUAUCAUAGGCUCUUAUCCUCGUGCACUUUAUCUUGGGACCAAAACUGCCUCCCCACCGCCCCUCCCCACCCUGCGCCUGCCGGAGGCCUGGCAGAGGUGGGUGCCCUAGCCCAGCCUGUGGCCUCAGCAUCUCAUAAUUUAUUUGCUUUGUCUCCUGGAUGAUUUCCGUCAUGCUCCCAAAUGCAGCUUCAGGUGAGCCGAGGGGUCUGCUCCUGUGGCGGUGCAGUGGCAAAGGAUCCAGAUAGCCCAGGAUGAGAGUGUCAGAGGGACAGUGGGCUAUGCCAGUAGACCCUGGUCUGGCUUUGGAAAGCCCCAUGAGAGGAAACCUUCACCCAGCACCCAUGCCCCACUCUGCUGAAGCCAGAGGAAGGGAGACCUGAGGGGCAGAUUGGUUCAUGCCUGGGGCGGAGGCUGAGCCUGGACCCACAGUCAGGGCGGGGCUGGCCAGCUGUGCCGGAACACAGCCCACACCUGCAGUGGUUCUCCGUCCCUGGUGUCCCUGCCUGGCCCUCCGCUGAUCACUUCAAACAUCCCCUCAGGCUUGGGGAUGCCCUUCUUCCAUUUCCAGACAGCAAUGUGAGGGUGCAGGGACCAAGAUGUCAAGCUGGCCAUGGAGUCAAGCCGGUCGACGGACCCCUUUCACUCCUGGUUAUGAGCCAACUUGUUUCGUGUUCUGGCCUCUGGGAGAAGGGCAGGAGCCUAGAGAAGGAAAAAGGCCCAUAGACAGACCCAGGGUGAUGUUCAAGCCUGGCCUAGUGAGAGUGAGGCCCCCGCACGCAAGCCUCAGCCACUCCCAGGGGCCUUUGCAGUGUCUUUUUAACCUUCUCAGAAAAUUUCUCAAUCUAUGUGAUUUGUGUAAUACUAAUGAGCUUCGGGCAAUAAAUACAGGAUUUCAAGCGUCA